UAUGCAUCACAUUACAUAAAUCAUUUUCAUUCACCUUUGAAACCAUUUAUAACCUUUCAAGUAUCAAUCUUUAAAUUGUGAUUCUGAUGUUAUAUUUUAUUUUGUGAUUCGUUUUCUUGCUUACAGAUGCUGAAGCGUGAAAGAAAGGGUUCUUCCUACUCAAUGUUUUGAUUUAUAGGACCAAACAUCAAGCAUGCCUCGACGAGGAUCCAUAUUAGAUUCUAGGAGUGACAGGUCCACUUCAAGGAGUGACAAGUCCACUUCAUCCAAGUCAUUUCAAACUACAUCAAGGCAUAAUAACAAAGGAUCCACAUUUCAUCAACCUAUGUAUCAGAACGCAAAUGAGUAUUAUAUACCUACUUUGGGGAGUACACAUCCUCCUCAACAUGAUUGUGGGAGGGUUGAUGCAUAUCAAUAUUGUGAGGGCUUUCGUUUUCAAGAUUUGCUUCAAACUCAAGGAGGUUUCUCUCGAGAUAACCAACUUGUUUAUGGAGGACAUAAUUUAUAUGGGAGUUAUAGGAGAGUUGAAGGUAAUGAUAAUGAUGUGAACAUUAGAAAUGAAGAUGAGGGAGACGGUAGUAAUGAGAGAGGUGUAUGUGAUGAGAGAGAUGUAUGUGAUGAGGAUCAAGAUGGUGUUCCAUCAUAUCACGGUUCAACAUCUUCUCCAUACAAUUAUGAUCAAAGUGUUAAAAGGAAGGGUUUUGACACGUCAAUAGAUCCAAUAACAAGAAAAAAAGAGCUUUGUUUGUAUGGAACAACAGAGUUCAAUAAUGCAUCGUGUGGUCGUGCAAUCGGAGAUAUUUUGAGGUCCAAUUUUAAGGGAGCAUGGCACUCUUGGGAAAAAGUAGAUCCAAUGUGCAGGGAUGAAUUCUUUAAAGAGUUUAAGAAAAAAUAUUCCUUUCCUGAGAAAGAUGAGUCGAUUGUUCGUAAUAUUUGGGAAGAUAAGGCUAGGAUAGCUUUGAAUCAACAAUUGACCCGAGCUCGCAAGAAAGCCAUGUCAAAAGAAAACACUACAAAUAUUAUAGAUUGUCUUGAUAAGGGUCCUGCCUGGAUAAACAAUGAUGACUGGAAUCAAAUGAUCAAAGAUGUUUGGUCCACCCCUGAAUUUCAAAGGAGAUCUGAAUCUGCUAGGAGAAAUCGAUUAACCAAAACAGAUGGCAAAAUAAGCACUCAUUCUGGAGGAACAGUGUCAUUUGCAUCAUAUCGAGCUAACAUGCAAGAGGAAGCUGGUGGAAAAGAACCUCCAUGGGAUGAUGUCUUUACAGCUUUGCAUCAAAGUACUAAGCAAUCUGGUAGCUUUGUCGACAACAAGUCUAAAAAAGUGGUUGAAAAUUAUAAAAUGGAGAUGAUUUCAAAGUAUGGAACUGAUCGGGAAAAUCAUCCUUCAUUUGAUGGAGCAGCUUGGUGUGUGGCUUCAGGAGGAGUUACAAAGGGUAGGGUAUAUGGUGCACCUCGUAUGCCAAAAUCAAAAGUUAGUACAAGCUCUUCAUCACAUUCUUACUCGGUGGAGUCAUCAUAUCCCAGUUCAUCGUAUCGAGCAUUGCAAAAGGAGAUAAAGGAUAAAGAAGAGGAGAUAAAGAAAAAAGAUGAUUUUAUUCUUGAAAUGAAACGGCAGAUGGAUUCCAUGAAAGAAUAUAUUGUGAACAAUCUUGGAUACCAUGGUGGGACAUCAAAUAUUGAUCAAGGUAUGCCACCACCUUUGACUCCAUCAAUACCGCCACCUAUGGCUCCUCAGAUAAUGACACCUAUGGGUCCUGCAUUUCAACCAAUUUUUCGACCUACACCUCGACCUUUAUAUCCUGCUCAAUCUUCUGUUGAUCCACAAUAUCAUGUGCAGACUCAACUGGCUCACUCGCAGAUAUGCACAUCCCAGCUCAACAGCCUGAAUGUCUGUGCACCAUUUGUGGUGCCUGGUGCAACGAACACCAACCCUAGUACUGAUUGUUGUAAUGCACUUGGUGCAGUGCAACAUGACUGCCUCUGCAGCACUCUCCAGAUUGCGGCUCGCCUCUCUUCUCAAUGCAAUCUUCCACCUAUCACUUGCGAACAUGUGAACUCCCAGAGGUUGUGUGAAUUGGAUAUGUGCAGUGAUUCCAUUGGUGAAAUUGAGCUGAAGAAAUCAGUCCUUUCAAAGAAGGAGGCAACUGAUAAUAUAGGAGAGCAAAUGGAGGAAAGAUUUGCAAGGGGUGGAGUACAAGGGACCAUGGAGAUGAUGACUGAUUUAGAGCCCGGGCCGCAACAGUCCGCUGAAGAAAGUAAAGGCCAGCUGAAUAGAUGGAAGAGAUUGUGUAUUUACCUUGGUACUGUUGGAAUGCUGGUUGCUUUUCUAAUGGGUUUGGCCAUGUCUUGGACUGCACUCACAGCAGCCCUCAUUUUUGUGAUUCUUGAUUUCAAAGAUGCAGGGCCUUGCCUAGAGAAGAAAGCAUUGUAUAGUCUUAAACAGGCAUCACGCGCUUGUUUGCGAACUACAAUUCUUGCGGUUUAUGUGGAUGAUAUUAUUAUAACUGGCAGUGCUACCUCUUAUAUCUCCACUCUAAUCACUAAAUUAAGUGCUCAGUUUGCUAUAAAAAACCUUAGGAACUUGAACUAUUUUCUUGGCAUUGAGUCCUCUGCUGCAGUCUCUUCUACUCCAUUUCAUAAUCCAUCUCUGUACAGAAGCAUCGUUGGAGCCCUACAGUAUAUUACAAGACCUGAUUUGGCCUUUGCUGUUAACUCUGUUUGUCAGCACAUGCAAUCUCCUACAGAUGACCACUUUACUGCAGUAAAACGUAUCUUGCCUUAUCUCAAAGAGACUAUUACAACUUGGUAUUCAGUUCACUAG